GACCUCGGUACCUCCGCUCGCCUCAUCGUGGCCGCGGCGGGCGACGGCAUCCUCUGCAUCGUGCAAGGGGAGGUCCUGAGAGAGGCUGGGGCAGCUGGAGACGUGCUGGCAGCACAGUUUGGCCUCUUUCUUCUGGCUGGCGUGGGUGGCGGGUUCCUGCCUGGGUUGGCCUUCGUGGCGGCACGAAGGAAGUUUCCAACAAUCUGUCGCAAUGCGGCGAUUGGAUAUGCCGCAAUGGCUGUCCACUCUGCCGUGCUCCUGAUGCAGGCAGAGGGCAGAGCUGCACGAAGUCCCCCAAGUUUUUCAGCCUUUUUCCCAGAGGCCAUUGGGACGGAGAUGCGCUUUUUCCUCGAUGGCGGCGGCUACCUCUUCGACAGCCGGGGGGCCUCGGGGCCGCUGCGCUGCUUCCGGGGAGAUUCGCUGCCUUGCCAAGGCCCCCAGUGCCUCUACUCCACCAUCGACUCGCCCCUGAGCCUGGCAGGGCCCUCGCAGUCUCUCGCAGUCUGCGAGACUAGCCUUGGAGCUUCGAAUUCAGACAGCCGCUCGCGCAAGGUCUUGAACUUCUUGCAGUCUCUUGCAACCGCGGACGAGUGA